CUGUGCUGAUUUCUCCUGUGCUGCUGGGAUGAAGGGGAUGGUGUUCCUGUAGCGCUGCGGUAAAUGGCAUAGUUUUGAAAGGAUGCCUUCUAAUAGCAUUUUGCUUUCGCUAAUUGUGUCCUCAAGGCAUCUAUCCCAGUGAAGCCCUGUUGUCCUCCAGGAACUAUGAGCUCCAGGCUUUUUCCUAGGGGUGUACAGCUUCCAUAAAUCUCUGUGAUUGCUGCACCUGUAAGUAGUUGUAACCAAAAAAACCCACCACCCAGCCUCGACCCAAACCCCUAUUUCAAAUACCAGAGUGGUGUCAGGUGCCUUAUGCUGCCAUCACUGUUCUCUUGUGCACUUUCAUUCCUCAGUCUGGCAAAAAACCAAAAAAAUUUCCCUGGGAACUGGAUCGGUUCCCUGCCACGUGCACUUGGCCAAGGUGGUGCAGAGAUCCUCACUUCUGUAAUUCAGAGGCAUGGGCAGCAAGCAUCCAGGACAUCCCGCUGCCCUCGGCAGGCACAGCUGAGCCCCUUGCAUCACCCGAGCACCAUCUGUGCCUCUGCUGUUUCCAGGAUUUUGGUGGGGGGGCUAGCACUUCCCUGCGUGUAUUUGACAAGCUAGAAGGAAAGAUGGUUCCUCUUGGCUCCAGGACUCAAGUCACAUUGAAAAGAAGCAAAAACAGAGCAGCAGCCUCUCCGUCUCGGUGUGGUUGUGGGGAAUAUGCCGACAUUGCUGGUGUGCAGUAUGCAGGACCCACUAGCUGUCGUCUUCUUCGUCUUCUUUGCUGGGCUCUUGCGUGCUCCCAUCUUUGCCAGUGUCGAUGCUGACGGCAGAGGGGACGAGCAAGGGAACCUGUUUGCAGAGAGGGGCUGCUGCAGGAGGCAGAGCCAUUUCCUCCACGUUGGGCAUGAUGUCUCUGGCAGUCCUGUCAGCGUGGACGUUGGAAAGUGCCGGUCCAGCUGCUCAUCCCAGCAGAUCAGCUCCCUCAACCCCAGCCUCCUGGAGCUCUCCAGACACUCUUCCAUGCUUGAUUUCCUUCGAAGCAAGAAGCUGCAGGUCAGGCACCCCAACUCACUGCUGCGGCCGGGAGCCCCACGAUCCUGCCCUGGGGGUUCCUGCUGCGAGCCCACCCACGUGCACAUGGAGCGACUCCUGCUCUUGGAAGGUGUUCGGGAGGUAGAGGUGGUGGACGGCUGUCACUGCAGCAUGUGCCCUGAGGAAUGUCUUCGCCUCCCAGCUGUGAAAACCUUCUUUCCAGACUCUCCCUGGGAAGUCACGAUCGAUGUGGGGAAAUGCUCUGAUCCAGCCUACAGUGCAGAUGGACUUUUCUGCAUGCCCACAAAGUUCAGCGCUGCUCUAGUCAAAACCCCACAAGGUGGGGAGGUGGUUCAGAUGCUGGAGAACUGCGAAAUGAAGGAAAAAUGCUAUCGCGUUUCCCAGGUGGAAUAUUAUUAUGAAAUCGUGCACAGCUCUGCAGGACGCAGGGAGGAACGGCUCAAGGAAAUUGAUGUGGGAAGGUGCUUGGGCAGCUGCUCCUGGGGGGAUCCCUGCCUGCUUAGGGAGUCCCAAGGCAGAGAGAAAUGUCUGCUGUGGGCAGAAGCUGCCUCCAGCCGCUGCGUCCCUCACCAGUACGAUGUACACACGUUCUGGAGCCGCCGAGACCGCGUCCGCACCGUCGUUGCCAUCCGACAGUGCAAGUGCAGGGGGUAGCGGGCCUGGGGCUACUGCAAGACCCCUGCCAGACUGUCUGUAGUAUAUGUAAAUGAGAGAAGGGUAUUUUUUGAAUAAAAGCUAUUUUAAACAGCACUUGUAUAAAUGAACCCUCUAGAAAAUGUUUCACAGCUUGUAAAAUAAACAUCGUGGGCAAUUCGCAGCUCCUUGGGGCUCAGCUGGGCAGCCCCAUGGCCCCCCCCCCUCCAUCUGCCCAGGCAUUCCAGGGGGAUGUGGUGUGCGGGGUGGCACAGGCUCGGCUGCUCCCAUUUACAAAAUGUGGAGCCGGAGUGGGAGAGGAGAGGGAAAAGGGCAGGCAUGUCCCUUUGCAGGCAGCCCCAGUUAUCCUGUGGGACACCCGCGUGCUGGGAAGAGGAAGGAAAGGAUCCAGAGGAUACAAAUAAUUUCCUCCAUCCAUCAACUCAAGGCUGUCAUUGCCUCCCUCCCUAGGCUGGAUAACGAACAGCCCUUUCACCCGCCAAGCAAUGGCUUAGAAUAAAUUAUAUACACAACUGGGCAAGGAGCCUUCAGCUUGUCUCCUGUCGCGUUGUCCUGGCAGUGCUUUGGUGCAGUGCCGGUCCCACACCAUCCUGUCUCUGUGCCAAGCCUCUCACAGAGUUUGUACCUCUGAGCCUCAUUCACAGCAGGGUUCCCUGUUCCCUGUGAGAUCCAACAGGCUUUGCUAACUCUGGCUCUUUUUAUCUGGCUGGUAUUGUAUAAUGCUAUUUUUUUCCAUUAAGUCGUGUGGCAUUAAAACAAAUAUUAAAUGUAAA